AGAGAGCGGCUGCGGCAGGAAGAGGAGCCGAGGAGAAGAGAGAGCGAGAGCGAGAGCCAGCCGGGCUUGGCUUCCCCUUGGGUCCCCCUUCUUUCUCGAGUUCCCGCCUUCCCGGUCAGCCUCUCAUGCCUCCCUGGCCCCGGGGGAGGGGGUCCUUGAGGGAGGAGGAGGAGGAGGAGGAGACCCUCGGCCGAGAAGAAGUAGCAGCAGAGGAAGGAAAGGCAGCAGCAUCAGCAGCAGGAUCAGCAUCAUCCCCUUCCUUCCCCCUCUUCCUCCAGGAUGAUCGAGGAGGAUGCUGCCGCCGCCUCCGCCGGGGCUUCCUCGCAGCGGACCAGGCGCCGCUCGCUCUCUUCGGGGCAGUGGGCGGACGCGGCGGCGGCGAGACCCCGCACCACGGAGCGGCACAUCACGGUCCACAAGCGGCUGGUGCUGGGCUUCGCCGUCUCCAUCCUGGCCCUGCUGCUGGUCACCAUGAUCGCCGUCCUGCUCAGCGUCCGCGUCGAGGAGUGCAGCAGCGGCGGCCCCGGCAGCCCUGCCACCGGCAGCCCCACUAGCAGCAGCAGCAGCAGCAGCAGCGACCCAGCCUCGGUGGAGAGGAGCCGGGCCAGCAACGGCUCCGGUGGAGCCAGGGAGGAGCCCCGGGAGAGGGCAGGGAUGGAGGCGGAGGAGGCGGAGGAGGAGGAGGAAGAGUGGCAGAAGCGGCGGGAAGAGCCCCCGUGGACCCGGCUGCGGCUGCCGGGCGACCUGCGCCCCUUGCACUACACCCUGAUGCUCAGCGUCUUCCUGGAGAACUUCACCUUCAGCGGCGAGCUCCACGUCCAGGUGGAGUGCCUCCGGCCCACGCGGCACCUGGUGCUCCACGCCCACCGCCUGCAGGUCCACCAGGCCCGGCUGGCCGAGGACCGCCUGGCCGGAGCCCUGCCCGUGGCCGCCUUCUUCCUCUACCCCAAGACCCAGGCCCUGGUGGUGGUCCUCAACCGCAGCCUCGAGGCCCAGCGCAGCUACAACCUCAAGCUCCUCUACGGGGCCCCCAUCGAGAACGAGCUGCUGGGCUUCUUCCGAAGCUCCUACGUCCUCUACGGGGAGAGGAGGUUCCUUGCAGUUACACAGUUUUCUCCUACCCAUGCCAGAAAAGCCUUUCCUUGCUUUGAUGAGCCUAUCUACAAGGCCACAUUCAAAAUCAGCAUCAAACACCAAGCAACCUAUUUAUCUUUGUCCAAUAUGCCUGUGGAAACAUCUGUUUUUGAAGAAGAUGGAUGGGUUACGGAUCACUUUUCACAGACUCCACUCAUGUCCACAUAUUACCUAGCUUGGGCUGUUUGCAAUUUCACCUACCGUGAGACUAUGACAAAGAAUGGUGUUGUGAUCCGAUUGUAUGCAAGACCUGAUGCCAUCAGAAGAGGAUCUGGAGAUUAUGCUCUAAACAUUACUCGGAGACUAAUUGAGUUUUAUGAAGACUACUUCAGAAUGCCCUAUUCCUUGCCAAAAUUAGAUCUGUUAGCUGUGCCCAAGCAUCCGUAUGCUGCUAUGGAGAACUGGGGACUAAGUGUUUUUGUGGAGCAGAGGAUACUACUGGAUCCAAGCAUUUCUUCCAUAUCUUACUUACUUGAUGUCACCAUGGUCAUCGUACAUGAGCUGUGCCACCAGUGGUUUGGUGAUCUUGUGACUCCAGUAUGGUGGGAAGAUGUAUGGCUAAAGGAAGGCUUUGCUCACUAUUUUGAAUUUGUUGGAACUGACUAUCUCUAUCCUGGCUGGAAUUUGGAGAAACAAAGGUUUCUGACAGAUGUCUUACAUGAAGUUAUGCUGCUUGAUGGCCUGGCUAGUUCACACCCGGUGUCACAGGAAGUACAGCAAGCCACAGAUAUUGACAGGGUGUUCGACUGGAUUGCCUAUAAAAAGGGUGCAGCUUUAAUUCGAAUGCUGGCAAAUUUUAUGGGUCACUCAGUGUUUCAGAUGGGCCUACAAGAUUACUUAACAAUUCAUAAGUAUGGCAAUGCUGCUAGAAAAGACCUAUGGAACACUCUGUCAGAGGCACUUAAAAAGGUUGGGAAGUUUGUGAAUAUCCAAGUAGUAAUGGAUCAGUGGACACUCCAGAUGGGUUAUCCUGUUAUCACCAUCAUAGGAAAUGAAACUGCAGUCAAUAUUGUAGGGAUCUCCCAAGAACAUUUCAUUUAUGACCUUGAUGUCAAAACCAAAGAUUCUGGGCUUGGAAACAACAGCUACUUGUGGCAGAUUCCAUUAACAAUUGCAGUAGGAAAUACGAGCCACAUCUCAUCAGAGGCAAUUAUAUGGGUGUCUAACAAAUCAGAGCAUCAUAGGAUUUCUUCUCUUAAUGAGGGAAACUGGCUGCUGGGGAACAUCAAUCAGACUGGUUAUUUUAGAGUUAACUAUGACAUUAGAAACUGGAAAUUGCUAAUUGACCAACUACUGAGGAACCAUAAGGUAAUCUCUGUCAGUAAUCGUGCAGGUUUGAUCGAUGAUGCGUUCAAUUUAGCCAGAGCUGGCUAUUUGCCUCAGAAUAUCCCACUAGAACUUCUCAGAUACCUGUCCAAGGAAAAGGAAUUUCUGCCUUGGCAUGCUGCCAGCCGUGCUCUUUAUCCUCUGGAUAAGUUGCUGGAUCGCACAGAAAACUACAACAUCUUCAAUGAAUAUAUUUUGAGACAAGUUGCUUCAAUGUAUCUCAAGCUUGGAUGGCCAACAAAUAAUUUGGACAAAUCCUUUGUUCAAGCUUCAUACCAACAUGAGGAGUUACGCCGUGAAGUGAUCAUGUUGGCUUGCAGCUUUGGUAACAAGCACUGCCACCAGCAGGCUGCAACUCUAAUCUCAGAUUGGAUUUCCAGCAACAGAAACAGAAUACCAUUAAAUGUAAGAGACAUCGUCUACUGCACAGGAGUUUCUCUGAUGGAUGAGGAUGUCUGGGAGUUCAUCUGGAUGAAAUUCCACUCUACUACAGCAGUCUCAGAGAAGAAAAUACUGCUAGAAGCUUUAACAUGUAGUGAUGACAGAAAUUUGUUAAACAGGCUUCUUAACCUGUCUCUCAAUUCAGAAGUUGUUCUGGAUCAGGAUGCAAUUGAUGUCAUAAUCCACGUAGCUAGAAAUCCACAUGGAAGAGAUCUUGCUUGGAAGUUUUUUAGAGAAAAAUGGAAAAUAUUGAAUGCAAGAUAUGGAGAAGCUUUGUUUAUGAAUUCAAAACUUAUCAGUGGAGUUACAGAAUUUCUUAAUACAGAGAGCGAACUAAAUGAGCUAAAGAACUUUAUAAAGACCUAUGAAGAGGGAUCUGCUGCCUCUUUCUCCCGAGCUGUGGAAACAGUAGAAGCUAAUGUCCGAUGGCAAACGCUUUAUAAAGAAGAAUUAUUCCAGUGGUUGAGAAAAUCACUAGCACACUAAUAAGUGUUUCUGACAAAGACUCAGUGCCAAACUGUGCAAGAGGAGAAGCACGAUAUGAAACUCCAGGAAUUUUGACUGGAAAUUCAACAAAGACCAGUUCAAAUUGGAAGGAUAUAUAGAUAUAGAUAUAUUAUAUUUUUGCACCAGUCUCCUCAGAACUGUAAAUGGCAAAGGGAGAAGGAGGAAGAAAAAAAAACUCUGACAAAGAGAAAAGGUUAUGAAUGCUUACAAACCCCAGUCCCCACUGUACCAUGGCCAAAUGUGAUGUUAAGUGGUGCAUGUAAAUGUUAAUGUCAGUUUUGGGGGGAAGCCCUCAGAAUAUCUGUGCAUGGUUGUAUGAUUCCUGCCUGUAUUCCAGCAUGCUUACUUAAGGUGUCCAUGUUUUGUAUGUGAAUUUUCAUUACAUCAAAGAUGGGCAUUAUGCAAAAGCACAAAGGCUAUCUGUGACAAUCAGUGUUUCAACAGCAAGGUAGGAUAAAAAGAAGGAAGUAAAAGAUACACAUGAGCAGCAUGUAAAAAGGUGUCACCUUUCCAAGUUGUGGGCCACUCUGAUUGUCCUACCAUUACUGUUUGGAUGUUAACUCUCUUUCAGAGGUACAAAGAUAUGAAUUACAGUCUAAAUACUUCUCUUGUAGGCAAGGAUGCAUAUAUACUCAGAGAUAGGAUACUCCAAAACAUGUACUUUUGGAACUAAAUUUUAUUUGCUGCUUAUCUACUAAAAACAAAUUUAGCUCUUUGAUUGUACAUUUAUGCUGUUUAUGACAGAAAGUUCAUAUAUGGGCGGGAUCCUUUUGCAUUACUCCUACUCAGCAAAAGGUAUGCAUUGUGUGGUAAGUAGUUACAUAGCUGUUGAUGUGUGAUAUAAAAAUAUCAAAUUGUUAGAAAGGGCAAUGGAAAAAUCUUUGAGCUGGAAGACCUUCUUAUGCACAGGUCUCUUAUAAGUAAUAACGAAUACUUAUUGAUCCAUCAUCCUGCCAGCAUGAAUUUUCUUUAUAAACAGUGUCUGAUUAAAAUCAAAUGGGAAUGGUUUCUGGAGUAACUGUUAAGGAUCAAACAGAAUGGCAUUUGGAGCAACUGUGCUGGCCAAUGUUUAAAAAUAAUCUCCUGUAUCUGCUCUCAUUUAUUUUUAUUCAUCUAAAGUAUCUUGUAGAGCUCUUCAAAGGCUACAGUCCUGAACACACUUACUAGGAACAGACACAUACUCCAUUGAGCACAGUGGGAAUUAAGUUGAAGGAUUGCACUGCACACCUUUAUUAUUUCAUCUUUUUAAUUUUGUCAUAGAUCAAUUAAAUAAUAAGUUUGCUAAGAUGCAAUCAUUCUUUUUGCAGUUUGGACAAAAUUGUUGUGUUAUCCUAGAAACCCAUAUGGUUCCUCUGCCUUAGCAAGUAGUAUCCAUCUUAAGAACCAUUCUGUCUAGUCUUGAAAAUAAGAAAAUGUUGACAGCAUUUUCCAAAUUAGAAGUGGAUUCUACUGUCCCCUAUGGCCAGCUGCUUAUAAUCUCUGCAUUUUUACUCCCCCAACAGAGGAGUCGACUGAUCAGAGCCCACAAGGGAUAGGCACAGUUACUUUUAUCUUGUAGUCCAUGAAGGACAGUGUGGCUCAGAUAAUAACAUCACAAUAGCAGCAACUGCCAGAUUUUUCACAUUAUACAUGAGACAUAACUAGGAACUUGGCUACAAGCCAGUCAGUGACACAAUAGCUUUGCUGGCUGGAUUGCUGCCAGGAUUGGGUAGGAAAGAAAAUCAAAUAUAGACAGUUCUUUCCAUGCAACUUCAUUCUUCAAAAGUUUUCUUUAGUGUCCCUAGGUGAUCUUGAUCUAUAAAUGUGACAGUCCACAAUCUGUAGCUCUAAAACUUUCCCUUUAGUUUUAGCCUCUUAUAAGCAAGGACAGAAAUCUUUGUUCCUUUUAUCUGAAACAGUGCUGAACUCUAACAAGGGUCUGGAAUUUCUGUUGUGCUACAUGGCUGGGAGCUGCUCCUUUUUGAAAGAAAACAAUCUGAAAUCUUAUCACCUCUAGAGUUAGCUUUGUUGAUUGAAAGGAGCCAAACUAUACCGUAAUCCACAUGUAGCUCAAAGGCAGUUCAAAUGCAGCCCCAAGAUAAGUUAAUAAAAUUAUAUGAGUGUAAUAGGUAUUUACCAGCUUCCUCUCUUGCAGCCAAACUAAAGUCAAGCCAAGAAAGAGGAAGGAGAACCAGGGGAAAUGGCAGCAGUAGCAACUAGGAAGGUAUCAUACUGUGACUAGAGGAUGACAUAGAAAAAAACCUGUAGAAUAAGAGAAAGGGAGAACCAGUUGUAGAGAAAUAUGAGUGUUGCUUGAAGGAAGGUGGGGAAGAUGUUGGCAGCAGACGUUAAAGGAAGGUUGUUAUGAAGAGCAAAGAUUUAUGACUAAGGGUUAGGCUCUCAAGAUUUACAAAGAUGGCUGGUGUGCUAUAAAUGGUGUGAUUUAUAUCACAGGUAUGUCAUCGUGUGAAUAAAUUAAAGUCAGAAAAAGAAUUAUUCAACAACCUCUGCACAAAAUACUAGCCAAGCAAUACUCCAGUGAAGCAUUUUGUAGGUUUUUCUUUUCUUUAACAAAAAGUAUAUGGUGAUGGAGAAGAAUAUUCAUAUAUUCUUUAUUUGGAAGCCUGUUUAAUGUGAUGCAGUAUCAGAUAUUAGCUACUGCCAAUUUCAGAAUCUCAGGGCAUGUCUACAUGGGCCAUUUAAACUGGUCUCCCUCCCUCCUUAUUGUGCCCAGUCUACACAAUGCAGAGCCAAAACCCCAAUUCGAGUGUGGACUGUCUUCAUGAUGUAAGGUCAGUUUGGCACUGAAUCUGGGCUAUUCUUCCCUUAAACCCAUUUAAAACAAUUUACCUUCUGUUAUUUCCAGGGAAAUCGAGAGCACUCUGGAGUGAUAAUGUGGAGCUGUUUACAUGGGUCCUGCUGUGCCACCUGGCAGUGGCACCACUGGUACAAAUCACUCUCUCUGAAGUUACAGUGAGGCAUCCACCCAUGUGAUAGACACUGGGCGCCUUGUUUUUGAUCUCAGGCGAAAUGACUUCUGCCAAAGGGGAGAGACUUGGGGCAGCUUUAGGGCCAGAAUACUCGGUGAGCAGGCCAAAAUGCUCUGGUCAGUGUAGGCCUGCCACCAGAUGACAAAAUUCAAGUAAUUCUCCUGUAGAUGCAGUUGGUAUCUGGGCUUUCAUCUGCAAUUCUCUUGAUGGAGAAGUUGAACAUCAGAAUCUUCUAAUCUUUCAGUCGGAAUUGAGAUAAGAUACGAAAUAUUUGUUCAAAUCAAAUCAAUGUGCUGGUUUCUGGUUUCCUCUAUAUGCCUCUGUAUUCCAGUUUUUGUAUCUUAAAUGUUUUUUAUUUUAAAUUCUUUUGAUUGCAGUGAGAGAUUUAAGCAGAUACUUUCAUGUUGGUUUGUGCCAUAUGUCAAACAGAAAAUGUUAGUAGCAUCAUAAACUGGAAGGCUAUUAAAACAAGAAAAGCUAGUGGAUUUAUUAUUACCCAACCCAGGAAAUAAAAGAGACCAGACACAGAACAUGGGUUUGAAAAGGGCAACUUUAUUAAGUUACCUACUUAUUGUUGUCUUCAGAGAACUGCAACUAAAGGGGGAGUAGCCUAGCAUGGGAGCAGCCGCAGGAGGAGGUCCCUUUCUCAGACCUCCCCUGCAGCUUCCCCUGGGUGAUAACACCUGAGCCCCAAGGAUAACACAAAAUUUGGGUUAUACCCCAACCAGCCCGCAUCAGGAAGACCAGCUAGAUGGUCCUUCCCUCAGGGCUGAAAGAGAGGGUUUAUCCUUUAGGCCAGCCUCAAGAGAAGCCCCUUUCUCUGGCCCCAUUCCCACUGGCUUAUAACGCGGUUCAGGAUGCGAAUCAUGGGUGCAUCGUUCCCAUUUGAGCUCACAUUCGAUCCGCAUUGCUCUGAUAUCGUUCCCAUUGGAAUUCGAAUCUGAUUCCCAUGUGAUCGAAUUAUCCUGAAAAAACCUGAAUCAGUGGUUGAUAAACGGCUUAAUUUAACAGCACAUUUUCAGCAAGUUUUCCUGUGUCUCCCAAGUCUGAUUCGCGGCAUACGAAUGGGAAUGACAAGGAUGUCUGAUUUGGGAACUAGGAGUGGGAGGAACAGUGCUCAAGGGGCUGGCCUGGGGGUGUCACCCACUUGUUCUCUUUCCUGCAUUACCGGCACCAUUUCCCCCAUUUGCAUAGCCUUUCCCCCGGUGGAGUGGGAAGCAGGGAAGAUACAGAAGAGCCUAGGAUGCAGAGGGAUUUAAGAGGAAUAGAGGCUCCCUUCUCCUUUUCCCAAGGGGAAAAGCGCCUAAGCGACUGAUUGGCUGUGA